AUGCGUUACUCUUUCGCCGCCGCUGCUCUCCUGGCCUCUGGUGCCAUUGCCCACGAUGAGAUUUCCAAGGUCUACGAGACCAAGCGAGUCACCAUCACUUCUUGCGGUCCUGAGGUGACCAACUGCCCUGCUCGAUCUACCGUCGUCAGCACCACCUCUUACCCCGUCGUUCCCCCCAAGGUCACCGAUGCCUACCCUGUUCCUCCCCAGGUCACCUCUGCUCAGCAGGGCCAGGAGACCAGCGAGGAGGUUCCUGAGGUUCCUGCUACCACUGAGGCCCCUGAGGCUCCCGCCACCACCGAGGCUCCUCUGACCACCUCCACCAUCUACUCUACCAACAUCAAGACCAUCACCUCUUGCGGUCCUGAGGUCCCCAACUGCCCCGCCACUGGCGGCACUCCUGUCGUUGUCACUGAGACCAUUGCCGUCUCUACCACCAUCUGCCCUGUCGAGCCCACUGGUGGCAGCGAGAAGCCCGAGCAGCCUGAGAAGCCCGAGCAGCCUCCCGCUCACACUCAGCCUGGCUAUGAGCAGCCUCCUGCCCCUCCUGCUGAGACCAAGCCUGUGUCUCCUCCUACUCCCGAGAAGCCCGAGACCCCCGAGAAGCCCAGCAAGCCUGAGCAGCCCGAGACCCCCGGCAAGCCUGGAAAGCCCGAGCAGCCUGAGACCCCCGAACAGCCUGGAAAGCCUGAGCAGCCUCCCGCUCACACUCAGCCUGGCUAUGAGCAGCCCCCUGCUCCUCCUGCUGAGACCAAGCCCGUUGUUCCUCCUACCCCCGAGCAGCCUCAGCAGCCUGGCCACCCCGGUAACGGCACCGUUCCUCACCCUCCCGUCUACCCCAACCCUCCCGCUACCGAGAGUGGUGCCAAGCCCGUGGUUCCUCCCACUCCUGUCCCCUCUGCCCCUGUCCCUGGCAACCCUGAGCAGUGCGUUCCUUCUCAGUCUGUGACUGCCAUCACCAAGGAGUACACCACUGUCCUCACCAGCGUUGAGUACUCUACCAUCCAGGUUCCUUGCCCUACUGGCAGCACUCCCGGAAACCCUGGCAGCCCUGGAAACCCUGGUGAGCCUGAGGUUCCUGCUCCUACUGGCCCUGCUCCUACAGGACCUGCUGUUCCCCCUCCUUCCACCCCCGUUGGCGGCGGUAACCAGACCAUUCCUACUCCUCCCCCCGUCGUUGCUGGUGCCGCUACCUUCGCCGGCUCCGCGUUCUUCGCUGCCGUCGCUGGUAUUGCCGUCUUCAUCCUGGUCUAA